CAUUGCUUUUGGUAAACACACAACCAGUUUUGGGACCACUUUUAUACUAUUUGAUGGUGUUUUCUGUGUAUGUUUAUACCCGUAUACAAUUUUACACAUAUUUUAUAUGUCUGCAUUAAUCUGUGCAAAAAAACCAGAUUAAAGCAUAACCGAAAUGAUUGGGAUUUGUAAAUUUGAAGUCCCCUGGAGACGUUCAUGUUUCAAUAUGUUUUUUAAUUUGGUUGCUAUUGUAUUGAUCAACUGUGCAUCUGGUUCUGAAGUGCCGCAGUUAACGCAAACCGUCUAUGGAUUUUUGGAUUUUACAACUACCAUUGGAAAUACAGUUAUGGUAUUCUCACCACAAAGUUCACCUCAGUUUGAAUUUACGGUCAACCAGACGACCAGUCCAUCAAUUAAUAUUAUUGAGACCCGACCGCACCAUAAGGAAAAUGUUGCGAGUAAAAUUGGAAUUAAGCCGACGCCACUGAUUGCAACCAGUUCAAAAGUGCAAUCGGCAACAAAUUUAACAUUUGCCACAAAAAAUCAAGUUAGUCUCUUGAGCACACCAAUUGAAACCCUUGACUAUUCCGAAUACGCUCUACUUUCGCGUCAGCCCGAAGAGUUUGUCGAAGAAACGUUUCGUUUGGUUAAUUUAAAAUCACGUGCUGAUACGGAUAGGCAGAAGAUCUAUAUGUCAAAGCGAGACAAUAAUUAUAGCCAAUCGACGGCAUUAUUGUCCAAAAGGAGCGGCGUGAAGCCUUCGAGCAAAUAUUCGCAGGGCCUUCAGUCAACGAGCAGCGUUGAGAGGCGUAGUAAAACACGCCUGCACUCAUCCGCAAGAGUGUUAAAAACUAUAACACCAUCUAUUGUACACUCUAACAAAUCCCCAGUGGAGUCAGUAACCCCACAAAGUGGAUUUUCCAAAGGUCAUCGUUCAAAAAAUAGCCGCGUGACAAGCGAAAAAAGAAAAUCGUCGCGACACAAGGGAAAAAGGAGAAAUAAAACAAGUAGUAGUAGUACACAUAUUUCCAGCAGCGUUCAAAUAACGCCAUCGUCAACGGAGUCAAGUGUUCGUCGUUCGUUCCGAACAAAGAGUAACUCACCAGUGGAGGAUAGCAUACCAAGUUUACCACCAAGUAUACCAAGUAUUGGGGGAAACACUCUGAAACUAAACAGACGACCGGGUCGUUGGCAAUACAAAUCAUCGCCGAAGCCAAAAGUGAAUAUACGAAAAGCUUCAGGCAACGUUACGAGAAGCGAUACACAAACUGAUGUAGUCAAGGUUAACGAUACUAUUUUGGAUACGCCCGAAAGCAAUCAAAUACUGAAGGUUGUUAAUCUAUCAAAAGACUUGGAUGCUGUCGGUUCACAAAACAGCGUUGUCUCCGAUAAUGAUGAUAUUAAGUCUGCUAACUUUGUGCAAACAUUAAAUGUCGAAAUAUCAACACCAAAUAAUUUUGAUGACACUUACUAUGAAAUUGCAACAAUCAAGAGUCCAUUUGUAUUUCAGGCUGGUGUUGUCAAAAAAACUCGAUUUUUGACAAUUACUUCAACUAUCGAGAGAUUGCUUAAACAUGACCAGAUUGAGGAAUAUUCAGCAGAUGAUGGUCCAUUAACUGAAAACAUUUUAGAUUCUACUUCGCAGUUAACUAAACCAUCUUUGGAUGGAAGUAUAACCACUUUAAAACCCAUAUAUUACACAGAUAACCUUGAAACUCCGGAAUUGGAGACAAUAACCGAAUCAUUCACAUUUACGCAGACCAAACUGAAAACACAGAUCUUACCGAUCAUUUAUGAAAAGAAAAAUGAGACAAUACAGAUAACAUUAGUCCAAACCUAUGGUUAUACAAGUUUCCUGACUGUCACUCAGACAGUUUCGCCAUCCGGAGACAAUUUUGUUCCAUCACAAAACUUCAAAGACUUUGAAGGUAAUUUGGAUGAAGCCGGUUCUGAAAUCAAUUUGGACCUUGAAUUUGGUGAUGAAAGCAAUGCUGGACAAUUUGACGUAAAGCCAAACCCGAAUAAUAAUGCGGGUCACAAAAAUUCGACAAAUGCUAAUGGCAUUGUUCAGUUAAAUAGCCCCGAGCAAUUGAUUAAGCCGGAAAUUCCACAAAUAAAUUUGUUAGGCCAACCGAACAGUAUAAUAACUUCAACACGUCCAAUCAUCAAGCUGGAAACAGUCUGGGAGUCUUACAUAGUACCUCUUGUAAGAGGAACCGAUAGCAUAUUGAGAACAUUGUCCAAAUCUGUGGGUGUCGUUGAAAAAACUGAAUAUGUUACUGAGUUGUCGACAGUUCAAAUUCCACAGAUGUCACAAUAUCCGAUAAAUCCAUUUUACAAUCCACUGCUAGGCCUGCCACAACAGCAGUUGAUCACAUCUACACAAAUUUAUGAAACAUUGGUCACAGCAACAAGUAGCAAAAUUCUGAAAUUAACAUUUGGUGCAAAAACGGCCUUCACAACCAUAUUUUCAACUUCAAUUGUUCCAACGGCAGUUACUAAAUUAAUAACAGCAACUCUUCCAAUUCAAAACUCAGGAUCAUUUCCAAACUUCUACCCACCCCCAUAUCCUCCAUUUGCAUAUGUUGGCUAAACUCCACAAUUUUUCCUUUCCAUUCAAAACAAAAACACACACAAAUGCAAUUUUGUCAACACACUGAAAAUUAAUUCGAAUACUCAUUGGCACAUAGGUUAAGGUUUUAUUUCAAGGCUAUCGAAUUUGUAUUGGUUGGUUGUAAGUAAGCUCGUACCCUUGCAGAUAGAGGGGACACGACAAUAAACACUGCCUUAGCUUUUAAACAAAACACACUAAAGCUCAGCUUUAAAAUCAUACAGGUCGUUAAUUAAGUUUUUGUUAUAUGAACAAUUGCCCUGGGCUACAAAAUUGAACAUAUUUCUUGUACCUGAAAGGUUUUUGCGCAAAUUAGUAUUUUACAUCAAUAAAUAUACUCGAUUGUUGAGUUUGUUCGCAAA